AUGAAGUGGUAUGGAUGUAUCAAUUGGCUUGAAAGCACUCGCGGAGAAAAUCAUGGACUAUUUGUAAACGAUUCCUUACCUUUCUUCAAGCCAACGGCGAAUGCGUAUUUAAGUAUGAGUGACAAUGCAGCUUUAGCAGUUGUCGCGGUUGCAAAAUGCGGUGGUUCUAGUUCGGGAAUAAAAUUACGCGUCGGCCGGAUUGAUGCAACAUCGGCAAGUCCAGCUCCAUGUGAACAUUCAUUGGGCCGUGUUCACAAUCCUGAUGGCCCAAAUGUUUUCAACUCUGCUUUUGUGACAGCGACCAAUCUCGACAGAGUUGAGCCGUUCGACUCGACUCCUGGUGUCUGGGAUCCAAACAAUAUCAAUGAAAUAUAUCUGACAUCAACGCAACCAUUCAAAGUAUGUCAGCGGAGGCAGCAUUUCAAAAAACCGGAAAAAAAAAACACAAAAUGCAAAUCGUUGUCUGAGAAAAUGAUAGGAGUUGUAUCCAGUAAAGUAACCUUCUCUGAUACAGUCCAACUUAUGGAAUGGAAAGCAGUAGACGUAAUGAUGGAUAUCUCCUUGUUUGGAGAUGUUUCUAUCUCAGGGCUUAUCCGAAAUCUCUACACGACCACCCAGCCUCCAAAGAAUAUCUCUUAUAGUACAACGUCUUCCACUGGAAACUCCUCAACUGGCACCAGCAGUGAUUUAUCUGGUACUGGGACUUCUAUCUUCGGCUCGACUAUCUAUUGGCCACUCAAUAGUACGAUUGCUCUCGGGACGACCACUUUGUCUUUCAGCAAUGUGCCUUGUCCAGUCAAUGGCAAUAUUUUUGUCUUGCCGGCACAAUCUUCCUUCUACUCAAGCAGUGGAUCCAUCAUUGUCAAAAGUGCUACAUUAACAUCUGUUAGUGGUAAUGAGGACAUGACAGCUGUUUUGUAUGUUCCCACCAAGCAAAAAGGGACCAUAAGUCUAAAGAUUGUACAGCAAAACGUAACGUUGACUUCGUUUAGUAACGCCCGAGCGUAUACUCUGUAUUCAACGGGUACAAAAAAGGUAUCUUCCACCGGGACAGUAAUUAUCAGAGUUAGUCAAGGUGGUUCCUCGAGCCGAAUUGUGAAGAGUACCACAUUUGGUUCAAAGUUUGCCUCGAUUCUCAGAAGGUGGGUGGGUAUAAUGUGGCUAGGAAAUGAAAGCCCCCACUUUGAUGUUAUGCGGAUAAUAGAUAGUUUAUCAUAUAGGUAUACUGAGAUGGAAAUGAUGAAUGAUAGUACUUGA